AUGGCUCCAGAGGGAAAAGAUGAACCCACGCAAAAAUUCCCAGAGAGAAACGCGAUUCCCCAAGAUAUCGAUGAGAAGAGUUACAGUCUCAACGGAAAAAUCAUGUUCUCCGCGAUCGUUCUUCUCCUCUUCGUCGUCCUUGUAAUGCUCUGUCUCCACAUCUACGCGCGCUGGUACCUCAGACGCGCGCGCCGCCGCCAGCUACUACGCCAACGUGAGCUCCGUCGCACGCAGCUCGUCUUUUACAAUGAUGCCGCAACCCCCGCCGCUGUCUCCCGUGGCCUCGACGCCGCCGUCCUUGCCUCGCUCCCCGUCUUCACUUACGACUCCGUGGCCCACCCGGAUAACGCGCCGGAAUGCGCGGUUUGCUUGUCGGAGUUCAAGGCGGGCGAACCGGGCCGGGUCUUACCGAAGUGUAACCAUAGCUUCCACACCGAGUGUAUCGACAUGUGGUUCCACUCGCACGCCACGUGUCCACUUUGUCGCGCACCGGUCGAGCGCCCGCCCGAACCGGAAGUUGUUAUUACGGUACGCGAAGUGGAAAUCGGUUCGAUUUCCUCGGAGGGUGAGAACCGAACCGGUUCUACCUCUCCUUCUUCCUCCUCGGUUGGCUCGAGGAAAUCUUUGGUUGGUGUGACCGUUGAGGUGCCUCCGCGGGAGGGGAAUUUUCGGGACGAGGAUUCGUCGUCGUUUCGGUCGCCGAUGAGUCGCAUGUUGUCGUUUACGAGGAUUCUGAGCAGAGACCGGAGGGGGAACGUGUCGCCCUCAUCAUGCGGUGGUGAUUGUAGCCCCGGUGCCCAGUGUGACGCGGAGCGAGGUGGGAGAGAUGAGACUCAGUGA